AUGAGCUACAGCAAUAAGCAGAACCAAUCUGAAAAACAUAAAGGGAGUAAAAUCUUAAGCCAAAUAACCUCGCUUAGUCUCAGAGGGUUCCGUAAAGAUAACAAUGCUGGCACCUGGAGGCCUAUUAGUUUCCAGGUCAAGCCUAGCAGCAGUGCCACCGUCACCAAACAUCAUUCAUUCACCCAUGGAGCUAACUAUGGAUUUACAAAUAGUAGUUUUGGCAAAGAAGUCUCACUUAACAGAGAAUCCAAAAAGCACAUUUUGCUCCCCACCAAUGAGAAGGAAACCAUGAGGAUUUUAAAUGACCGACUGGCAUCCUACUUGGAGAAGGUGCGUUCUUUGGAGGAAGAAAAUGCACAUCUGGAGAAGAAGAUCCGGGACUGGUAUGACACAAAUCAUCCUCAAAUGUUGCCUGAUUUCAGUCACUAUUUUGCAGAAAUGGAAGAACUUCAAAGGAAGAUUUCUUCAACUUCUUUGGACAAUGCAAGUAUUACAUUACAAAUAGACAAUGCUCGUCUGGCAGCAGAUGACUUCAGAAACAAGUAUGAAAUGGAACGCCAGCUGAGAUGUAGUGUUGAGGCUGAUGUGAAUGGACUUCGUCUACUCCUGGAAGAACUGAAUCGGGACAUAUGUAAUCUGCAGGCACAAGUAGGAAACCUUCAGGAGGAACUGCAGCAAAUGAGGAGGAACCAUGAGGAGGAAGUCAAUGCUUUGCAAGCUCAGCUGGGUGCCAGGGUCAGUGUGGAAAUGAAUGCUGCUCCAUCGGCUGAUAUGAAUAGAGCCUUAUCUGAAAUUAGAGAGCAGUAUGAGAACCUAAUGGAACGGAAUCUGAGAGAGGUGGAAACUAUUUUCCGACAAAGGAUUGAGGAACUGAAUCGUAACGUUGCUUCUGGUUCUGAACAACUCCAAUCUGUACAGACCGAAGUCAUUGACUUGAAUCGCACCGUCCAAACCCUGGAGAUCGAACUGCAAAGCCAAAUGAGCAUGAAAUCUGCUCUGGAGAACACCUUGGCAGAGACGGAAGCCACAUUUGGAGCCCAACUUGCCCAGUUACAAUGUUUGAUCAACAGUGUAGAGUCCCAGCUGGCACAGGUACGCUCUGACCUGGAACGUCAGAACCAGGAAUACAGGAUCCUAAUGGACCAAAAGACACACCUGGAGAUGGAGAUCGCCACCUAUAAGCGCCUAUUGGACGGUCAUGAUAUCCACACUUCAAGUCAUAAAUUUCUGGGAGGCAGUGAUGGUACGUAA